CAAAAUUUGCGAACUUCUUAUAGCUAUGAAGGUCGUAACAGCCUUCAUACCAUUUUCCCCAGCUAAUUUCAGUUUUAUCAGUUCAUGAAACCAUGGUAUUAUUCUUCAAAAUACGUAUUAUUCUUCACGAAAACUUCUUCAAAACACGUAUUAUUCUUCAAUAACCCUCAGACAAAAGAGUUCUCACUCCAGAUAUAUGGAGGUCACUGCCGUUCACCCCAUGCAAUUCCCAUGUUUAAAUGUUUAAUCCGUUCAGUUGCAUUGCGCCCUAUUUUGUUCUUUUACUCUAUCUAACGCCAGACGGUUUUACCCGUCAAUGGGAGAGCGCUGGCACUCGAUGGGUUAAAUUAUUCUCACUAAUACUCUACUUGACAUGUGUUUUCAAAGGAAUUUGUGGACGAGGUCACUGGUGAAGAAAUGCCGGUAAGAUUUUGUCAUACCAUAUAAACAACUGUUGUGUUUGGUCUUUGGUUAAAAAUAAAAAUCCAAUCUGGGGAAAAUUUGUUGAAAUCGAUUUCAAAGCACGUCGCUUUUGCUCCGUGAUCAGACAUGAGUUAUAAGUUGGCUGCCUGGGGCGCUUAUUACAAGUGUAAAUGAGAUUUUAGACAGCCUGCGACUCGAUCAGGUCGAGCUGUGUUGAUUUACUACUAUAAAGUUUGCAGCAAAGUUUAAGACUGAACUUAAAUGCAUUCACAGAAGGGUGGUUCAUAUAGACUUGGUAGCUAUAUGUGUUUAUAUCUUGUAAAUAUACUGCUAAAGAUGAACCGAAAUUGUUCGAAAUAUACAGUUUUUAAAUAGAUUGUGAAGAGUGUAUAGACCUUUCCCCUUUUAAGUGAGAUUUUGAUCAAGACAAGUCUGGACAAAACUUUCAUCACAGCUUGAAAGAGCAUCACAAAAUUAGUAAUAUUCCUAAGUUUCGUUGCGAAAUGUUGUAAAAUGCGGAUAAUAUAGCCUUGCGAAGUUUGCCGUUUUUCAGUCAUUUUGCAUUACAAACUGGAAAUUGAUAAUCAGUUUGAUCAUCUGAUUAUCAAUUUCCCAUUUGUAAUCUAAAUGGCUGAAAAACGGCAAACUUCGCAAGGCUAUAUUAUCCGCAUUUUACAACAUUUCGCAACGAAACUUCGGAAUAUUACUAAUUUUGUGAUGCUCUUUCAAGCUGUGAUGAAAUUUUUGUCAAGGCUUGUCUUGAUCAAAAUCUCACUUAAAAGGGGAAAGGUCUAUUCAUGCACACUAUAUGUUUCCACUUCUUGUUCAGAAAGGGGAGGGGAUACUUCCAGAACUUGCCUGGUCUCUGACUCUCUGUACGUUAUAUUUCAGUUGUGGCGACCUCCCACCCCACCAUGUGAUGACCAAGAGGCCGCCCAUGUAGACCAUGCACAGAAUUAUAUUUAUGAAUCUACACCACUGCCCGAAGUUCAGUUACCAAGAAAAACACGAACUAGGUCAGUACUUGUAGUUUGACAGUUUUGACCAACGACCGUUCGGCCAAAAAUGAAAUGCUAAAAUAACGAGAUUUAGCUAAAAUGUUUAGAUUCUUUUUGAGGUCACAUACCGGAUAGUUAUACUACAGGAGAGGUUAUUUCGCUGGCCUCAGAGUGGCAAAACGUAACAAAGCAACGGUUUUACUAACCCUAUUCCAAGCACCAACUCUAAUCCUAACCUAACCCUACACCAAGUUUGUUUCUAAACCAAUCUUGAAGAAAAACGUUUUUUGACGAAAUGUCAUUCUGAGGUCAGCGAACUAAGGCCAGGGUCAAACGUCGAACUUUUCAUUUGCCGAACCUAAUGUUAAUGAGCUAAGUUCUUUGUUUCACUUUAUUUGCAUUAGGUUCGGCCCAUGAGAAGUUCGACGUUUGACCGUGGCCUAAUCUUUCCCUUCUACUACAGCAGCUUUCUGUAUUUUUUCAGGCGUUUUCUGGGCGACUACAAGAAACACGGAAAACGAAGUACUGUUUCAUUCAGACUUCCUUAUAAGGAUUCUGUCAGGUAUUAACUCCUGGAGAGUUUGUUUAUUUCUCAGUGAGUUCUAUGUACUAUUUAAAGCACGCGUAGGAGUGUUUUAUCACAUAUAAAACACGACGCGUAGCGGAGUGUUUUAUAUGUGAUAAAACACUCCUACGCGUGCUUUAAAUGGCUUAAAAAACGACUCAGCUUAUAAGAGUUCAUUGGCGAAGUAAUUUUUAAAAUAAACUUUGUCUAAACCGAGAAAAUCAAAGCUAAAGUUUAUGUAAACUAACAUGAUUUUAUAUCACAUAUAUAACCACGACACGCUUAUGAUUUUUCUUUGUGUUUUGCUCCUGAAUUAUUAAUGAGUUUUUUAAAUAUAUAUAGAACAAGUACUUAAAUCAUUUGGCCUAUGAGGUCGUAAACAGCUUUUAUACCCCCCCCCCCCAGCUAUUCCAGACGCUAACCAAGUUAUCAGAAAUCUCGUACCCAGAGCAAUGCCUGUGCGCGGGCUAGGAUGGCAUUGGCUCUGGGGAAAUUGACAACCGGAACCCCUAAAUUUAGGGGUUCCGGUUCUUUGUCGGCAUGCACUACUGAUAAACGUUGAACCAAUCACAGCACAGGAAAAUUCAAUUUCCCCAGAGCCAAUGCCAUCCUAGCCCGCGCACAGACAUUGCUCUGGAUACGAGAUUGAGUUAUCAGUUCGUAACACCAUAGUGUUAUUCUUGAAAUUGAUGUCAAAAUACGAAAUUUCGGUACACUCCUUGCCAUUGUUGUAAAAUGAGGAAAUAUAGCCCUGUGAAGUUCGCAAAUUUUGUAUAUAUUUGUAUAUAUUUUCGGCUCAAAAAUGGUAACAAUUUCCACACGUAAUACAAACAUAUACAAAAAAAUAUGCAAACUUCGCAAGGCUAUAUUUUCGUAGCCAAAUUUUGCAAUUUUAAUAAGUUCUUUUCGGGAAUGUACUUUUUUUUGGCCAAGAUAAAAAAUUAGUCUAACAUGCAAGUUGUCUAUCGUAGAUAAGUAGAAUUGUAGUACAAUAAUAUCUCGAUAAAAUUUUGAUAAGUUCUCGAGUGAUGGUAUUGAGAUGAUUUUUUAAUACCAUCCAAUCUGUUUCGUGUUUUCUAACUCUUGAUUCUCAACGUAAAUAGACGUCGUCUUCGUAAACCGCAUUCAAUGUUCGAUCGCCGUGCGCUGGAAGCGUUCUUUAAGAGCCGUCGAAAUGCCUUGAGUAACGCGAAGAAAGCGAAAAUGAAGAUGACAAAACAACAACAGCAGCAACCCCAGCAACAUCAUCCUGUGGCUGCCGCCAUGAGACAGCAAGUAGAUAUGCAAAUGGUAUUGACAACUUUAAAUUUGCUUGACACAAUUCGUCAACAAGCCUUUUGUAUUCGCAUUUCUGUGCUUUGAAAUAACGUUGUUCAUUUGUAAAAUGAUUUUUUUCAGAUUGACACUGGUCCGGAUUGGUAUGUUCACGAAGACUGGGCUUUGCUACAGGUACCAUUAUAAAACUUUGGUUUACAUGUAAAAAAUAAUUUUCAUUUAGAAAUAGCCUCAAUAGUCGGCAAACUGAAACAAGGCCGCGCUACCUCUUACCACUCACUGUGUUAUGCCCUGCUCAAACGAGAUGAAAGUUGAGAAGAUGAGAGUUGAUGAAGAUGAGAGUUGAGAAGCGAGAAUUUGCAUGAGAGUUUUCUCAACUCUCAUGCUCCGGUCAAGCAAGAACAAGAGUUGCACGAGAGUUGAUGACAGUUGACUGGAUAUUAUAAACUAGAAUGAGAGUUGAGAAGUGAGAGUUUGCAUGAGCGUUUUCUCAACUCUCGUGCCCCGGUCAAACGAGAACAAGAGUUGCAUGAGAAUUGAUGAGAGUUGAGAAGCGAGAGUUUGCAUGAGAGUUUUCUCAACUCGCGUGCCCCGGUCAAACGCGAGAACAAGAGUUGCAUGAGAGUUGAUGAGAGUUGACUGUUUCCUAGUUUUAUCUUGUAUUGUAUUUAACUAUCGUUUUGUUUUGAUGUAGGCUAUUCAUUACUUACAAGAAACGCCAAUAGACCUGACAGUCACAGACCUUGGUCACACACCAAACUGGCUGCUUGUCAGUGAUAUUGUGAACGCCAGCAGUCGCACCUACAGAACUGCUAGACAGGUAGGCCUGCUGCUGUUCAGUAUAUUUGGUAUAGGAAGGUAUAUAGGUAAUAGUAUGGUUUCGAAUGCAGUUUGGAAAGUUCAAAUUUCGAGUGAGUUUUCCAAAACCGAUAAAAAUUGCAAAAGUCCGAAGGACGAGUGCAAUAUGAAGUCAUUAUGGAAAUGUUUUUUUAAUUGGACAAAAGUAUUGUAAAUUGAGUAAUGAUUAAAGUAAAUUAUUAAUAUAAUGAUUAUUACAGUACCAUAAUGUAUUAUAGUUUUUACAGUAUUAUAGUCUAUUAGUAAGUAGAGUAUUACUAAAUGCUUAUUUUUUCAUUUGCUAGUGUCGAGAUCGCUACAUAAAUGUAGUUAUGCCCAGGGAAGAGGGCAAAGUUCCGGUAAGAAAUCCCGUAUCGCAUUUCUUAAGAUAAAACUAAAGCUAAUGUUAGUAGUUUAACUUAAUUCAGGCUUUCUCAGUACAGAUUCAGUGAGAGUCAUUUCUUCAGUGUAAGUACUGGCGGAGUCCCCCGAGGAAACACGUGGUGUUUGGCAGAGCAUAGGUGUACGGGAGGGAUUCGGGGCAGCAGACAAAAGAUUGCAGGCGUUUGUGGGAAAUUGCCCGAAGUUAUCAUGGGUUUAUUCUUUAUGUACUAUUUAAAAAACGAGCAGGAGUGUUUUAUUAGGUUUAAAGCCACGAGCGCGCAGCGCGAGUGUCUUUAGACCUAAUAAAACACGACCCGCGAGUUUUUUAAACUUCAAAAACGUAUGCAUAAUAAGUCAAAUCUUUAUAUAAAAAUCUUUAUAUAAAAAUCUUUAUAUAAAAAUCUUUAUAUAAAAAUCUUUAUAUAAAAAUCUUUAUAUAAAAAUCUUUAUAUAAAAAUCUUUAUAUAGUUUGCAUAACAAUGGUCUUUUGUUAAAGUGUUCUUUAGCUGGUAUAAAGACGUAUGCACGUGACUAAUUUCUUACUCAAGAUUGGAUAAUUGCUUCAUGAAUUAUUAAUGAGUUUUUGAAGGAUAAAUAAAUAUACCGAAGCUGGCAGGCCUAGCAAUUUCCCCAUCUGCCCAACUAAGCAGUGACUGGGAGAGGGGCUGCAUCCAACACCCCCCGCGCACCCUGUCUCGUACGCCUAUGUGGUAGAGUCAAACUAGAAGCACUCUUCUCACAUUGAAUAAGAGUAAAUUAUAAUCAGGCACUCACUGCAUAUUAUACAGUUUUAAAACGCCGAUUGCCAAAGUGAAAGACACACGUUACACUUGCCAUAUUUAUUCAUAUAUGUUGGGUUUUUUACAGUUAAUCGACGAAAAUCAGAAAAAAAUGAAAACAAAACUAAAAUAUGCACCACCAGAAUAUUCAGCCGUUGCAGGCAACCAACCACUGCCAAAAGUAUGUUCUACCAGUAGAACCAAAUUUCCACUCAAGAACAAUUUCCACGGACAGAAAAGUUUCCGAAAAUAUCAUUGUUAAAAAUUUUCAGGGAAAUUUGUGUCGGCCAAUCACAUCUUACAAAAUUUUCUUUUUGUGGAAAAUUUUCCUGAGUGGAAGUGGAAGCUUAAAGGUGGUUUUCCACUAGGCGAAAUUUUUUGACCGAAUCGAAAUUUUCUUUUGUCUUACAAGCACUCAGAUGGAACUAAACAGAAAUCUUUUGAAUUUGAACAAUAGAAAUUUCGGUUUGAUCGAAAAAUUUCGCCUAGUGGAAAACCGCUUUUAGGCCAUGUAUUAGAGAGUUGGCCUCCGGGAGAGAUUUAAAUGUAUUUUUAAUUAGUUUUAUAUCUUUGAUUGUUAGCCAAAAGACGGUCAAGGUACCAGACUGCACGGUCUUCAAACACUCGAUGGUGGUCGAUCCAGCACCUCGCAUCAUUCAUCGCUCUUUGAACUCGUCAAGAAAACAACAGUGAAACGAAAGCCAAGCGUGAAACAAAGGUCAGUAAGUAGGUAAUGCGAGUCCUUUACAACAGAAUAAUAUUUUAAAAGUGUAAAAGUAUGGUUUCAUAUUAUGGUGCUUUCUGCUUCGUUUUUAUUUCUGAAGUCUUACACAUUUCACGCGUGUAAGUGUGAAGUUAGAAAAAUUCACAUAUAUAAUAUUCGCAUUCCAACUUUAUCCAUUGCAGAAUAUUGCCAAAGCAAGAAAAAGUCUCCAAUGCAUAAAAUUAUAACUAUUUUUUAAAUUUUUAGUCUAAGCACUGAACCCUAUCAGAAAUCAGCUGAACAAGCGAGUUCAACAUCAGGGUAAGCAUAUUGACAUACUGACUGGGUCUUAGCCAGAAGAUUCGGCUAUUUAAUCAAAUUGGGAAUUUCAGUUAGCCUGCGACAUCCAGACUGGAGUUAAAACACCCUGUCAUUAAUUUGUGUCAAGUCUUAUAUACCUUGCUUACGUGCCUUUAAAAUUUGGUAUUCACAAUCGUUAUUUAAAUACUUGCUGUAAAUCUUCAUUCAAAAUUUCUUUGUAGUGCAACAGUUGAAGAUGUGUAUCUUGAUCCAGCCAGGGUUGCUGCGAAGAAGAUGGAGAGAAUACAGCGAGAGAAGGCUGAGGCUCUAGUAAGUUAUCAUGAAGACUCUUUCUUAACAACAUCAAUACUACAGUCCUGAGUAACUUUCUACUCCCCUCCCGUUCCCCAAUUAUCAAUGCUUUCUUUUCUCAUCGUUCUUUUAACACACAUACAACAUUGAUCAUAGGGCGAAGGGGACAUCAUAAUGAUUUUAAGGUGUUUGCUAUACUUUUGCCAAUGAUUUAUGAUCAAGAUUGUAGAAUUCUAUACUAGUUAACUAGAACAUUGCAGUAGAAUCACGUUGACCAUAGACCGAGUGGUCGGGGGGGAGAAGGGGCAACUUGCCCCCAAUAUGUAAACGGGUGCUACCAUAUAUAGCAAUGUUCCGACUGUCCUAAAAUUAUGACUUCAUAGCAACCCCUUCAUGGAAGAUUUUGCCCUUCAAAAACAAUUUAACCCGCGACUGGCUUUAAUGCUCGACUCUGUAGUUCAAUGUCGCAGUACAACACCGCCCGCGCAUUUUAAUUAAUUGAAGGCUUGAUAGGGCCAAUAAUUCCAGAGAAGCAUUUCUUAUAAAUCUUUCAAAACUUAGAAUUUACCUUUGCAAAAUUCCUACUGUGAUCACAGAAGCUUUGAUUGUGUGAACCAGACUUACAAGGUAUAAAAAGUUAGUCAUCGUUUCACCCGUGUUUACCAUAAACAAAGCAUGUUUAUUCCUCUAGCGACAACAACAGCAACAGCAGCAGCAACAACAACAACAGCAACAACAACAGCCAGCCCAAGAACAACAACCAGCACAACAGGCCCAACAACCCGCGCAUGCUCUGUCACAACUUCCCGCACCCGCUGUCACCAAGAUUACGGUAUCGCAGGCUCAACAACCUGGUCAACUUGCAGCCGCUGGUCAACAGCAGUCUCAAGCAGUACCAGGAUAUCAAAAUCAAAGACUGGCCGCUCAUUCUCAGAUCUUGACCACGACUAACCAGAAAAUCACUACUGCUCAAAUGGUAGGAAUGUUUAUUAGGGCCUAUGUAUAUGUAGCCUGCUUGCAGGCCGUUGUCAGGCAGAAUAGAGCCUGUGAGCAGGCUAAUGUAUAUGGGGACAGCGUUACUCGCCAUUUCUCGUAACACAGUGAUCUAAGACUUAGUUGCCCGGGAGUAAGGUUCAUUUGCCAUUAGGCCUAGUUUUGCCCUCGCGUAUUAAUAAAAUUUGAAGCUAAUUAUUAUUAUCAUUCAUCUUAUUUAAAAACGGUAAUCCUUCAGUUUAAACUGCUUUUCAAGGGGCCGUUAGAAUAUUUACAAAUAUGAAAAAUCUAUUAUACAUACUAACUAUGCAGUGAACACUAUAUAUAACUUAGAUUGAAUCACAUAUACAACUAGAAAUAGUAUGUCAUGUUAUGUUAUGUUAUGUUAUGUUAACCUUCCCAGACCCAAAAAUUACUCCUUCGAAUCAAAAUCCGCCCCCACAAGUGGUUGUCACACACUAUUCCUCUCCAAAUUGGUGAAAUAGUGAGGAUUGAUUAAUCGACAUUUUAAUCUUAUGUUUUCCUUAUCAAAGUCAUUUGAAGACUUGAUCAUGAGGUGUUGAUUUCAGCUGACUUACAAAGAAAGAAUCAAAAACAGAUUGCAUACCAUAAACAAGCAAAUAAUUUUGUGUAGAAAUUACUUUCUGGCAAAGCAUUAAAAUAACUUGUUUGAUCGGUCAACCAAGAAGCAACUUCUACUUGCCCAUAAUUACUUUUACUUACCCCCAGGCAAGCGCUAAGUUAUAGCACUGUAACACGUAGCCCGCAAACAUAGGGCAGGACAGCCUACUCGCAGGCUGCAACCUGGUUUCCAGUCAUAAGCAAUAUUUCAUAUGACGAGUAAUCGCGAUGUAUUUUGUUGAGAUGCGUGUGUCUUUUAAUUUGAGCCUCAUUGAAAACGUCUCGACCAACUGAAAUGAGAAAAUUGUUUACCUUCUGUCAUGAAACCAAUAAGUUAUCUACUCCGUCAUCUCAUCUUUUAUAUUUUGCCAGCCUGCCACAUUGACUUCAAAGCCGACUGCCAACAUCCAGGUAGCAACGUCACACCAGGCUACGCUGGUCAAAGCUGGUACGCUGGCCAAAGGUGCUACAGGCUCGAGUAUUGUUGUCAAGCCACAACCUGGAAAUUUGACGGGACAUUUUGCCGCCAUUAAUAAACGUAUCGCUGUUCAUUCUAGUAGUCCUGCGGUAACACUUCCAAACAUGGUAAAUAAUCACUUGUUAGUAGCAAAGAAUACAAUACACCCUUUCGAUGAUUACGUUAUUUGGCCUGGGAGCCUCGCUCUCAUGAAUCGUGAACAUAGAUAUCUUAUAUACACUAGAUAGUGCAUCUAAUUAUUCUGCAAUUCAAAAAUUCAAGCCGUGAUUGCAGAAUCGGGAUAUUCCCAUGAGAAGACUCGUAUGUUUUCUAUUUCUUAAACAGGGAACUUAAACAUUAAGCUAAAUUAACCUAUUCCAAAUACAUUUUCAAACUGUUCAAAUGAUGAAAGUUAUUGUUGUUUUUUAAGCGUUUAUUAGCGAGUGGGAAACUCCAACAUGGCUGCCAUCUAUUCAAAUGGGGGUAACCGCUGGAAUAUUCUUGGCUUCAAUUUUACUUAAAGAAAUGCGCUAUCUAGUGUAUAUAAGAUAUCUAUGAUCGUGAGCCAAUCACCUUGCGUAAUUUAGAAAUGAGAGCGAGGCUCCAAGACCAAAAACUAUGUGUGGCGCACUUAUCGAAAGGGUGUAUUACGGACUUGGGUGUAUGAAAUUUAAUCCAAACCCACAAAUUAUAUUGCUUAUUCUCAUUUUUUUAGAAGGCUGUGGUCACAUCCGAGGGAAGUCGGACAUUGGCCCCACACGAAACCGCUGUCCAGUUCUUAGCAUCGACUGCAAAUGGAAAUAUUCGACUGCCAAACACCCCGCUAGUCUCCUCGAGUUCUUCAGUUGUUUCGCAGGCUCAGGUUAGCUUUUGUUGUGUGAACAUAUAUUUAUAUUUGUUGUGUGAACAUAUAUUUAUAAAUUUAUGAGUAAAUUUUUGCUCAUAAAUUUGAGUCAUUUUUCUCAAAAUAUUGAGUGACUUCAUGUGGAUGUAUUAUUUCACACAAGUUUUUUGGACGACAAAAUACUCUGGGAUUUUUAACAGUGUGGAUAGGAUCUAUCUGUUCUGCUUUAACUGCUUUUCUUAGAGAUCCAGGAAGGUCAUCCCUUAUUUGUCAUAGGGGGGGGGGGGGGACCAAAAAUAACUCGAUAUAGCCCUAUUACUUGAUAUAGCCCUAUUACACACGUAAAAGCGCACCAGUUGUAACAAACCUACAGCAGAUUUGUGUAGCAAUUCUGUUCCAACAAGUUGUCAAAAAGAUGUGUUCGCAACAGGCUUGUAGCCAGCUUUUCGACAGAUGUUCAACGACUUGUUAACAGGAUGUGUUCGCACUGCUUGUUCCCAGCUUGUUGACAAAUUGUCAACGGCUUGUUGACAACUUGCUACAAGGUUGUUGAGCUGAACAGACUUGUUACAAGUUUUUUCAACAACUUGUUAUCGUCCUGCAAUUCAACAAUUUGUCAACAAGUUGUGAGUGACAACCUUGUAGCAACUUGAUAAAAUAACAGCAUUGUUACAACUUGUUGACAAGCUUGCUACAAGCCUGUUGCGAACACAUCUUGUUGACAAGUUGUGAGAUUUUUGCGUGUGCAGCUCUAAAUAGUUCUCCCUAGAGGUUCAUCCUCUUGUUGAUUUAGCGUUACUGCAGACAGAAAACAAAAUACCCAGAGAAAACCUGUUGUGUUUUGUAAAGUCAAAUUGAAAGCAUUCUUAUCACAUAUAUUAUAUUACUGUGUGUUCAAAGUAAAAUGAAAUCUUUUACGCUAGAUUGGGAAAAGACUUCCAGACACCGUACAUACAACAGGUAAAGUUGCAUUUCCUUAUAAACAUUCUAAAACUAGAAAACUACAUCGAUUUCUCUCAAUAGAUAACCCUCUAACCCUAACCUAACCCUAUAUGUCCCUGAAGUCCCAUAGAAAGUGAUCCCAAAAAAUUUUAGUUCAGGGUAAACCGAAAACUGUCUGAAAAAAACCCCGAAAAAAUAAGAUUUUUAUAACUUAGUCAAAAUAUACUACAGUUGGAUUAAACUUCAUGCUACACGUUCAAGACUUGUAAGCAAUUGACAAGGUGCCAUUUUGUUUCAAUAUUUUUUGCCUAGAACAACAAUCGGUUUUCAAAAAACAUCGUUUUUUUCUGGUUUGUCCAUUAACCGCCUCCCCCUAUUUCUCAUGAGUUUCUUUGUUUCCGCAGCGAAAAUCAUCCCAGGCAAAACUUUCGUACAUGCGGGCACAACCAAAACGAUCACAGCUCAGCAAUAUAACAUGUUACAGAAGCGUCUCUUGAUGGACAACAUGCAGCAGCAACAGCAGCGUCGUCAGCAACAGGGGCAACAACCUGUGCAACAACAAGGAAAACAAGUUGUGCAACAAACCGUGAGAAAGGUUGCAUCCCCUGCACCUCAGAAGCAUCUGCCAGUGGGGACGAAAAUCGAUCAACCACGCCUCACACAAACGAUGACAGUUGCACGUCCCGUACAACAGCAGUUGCAACAAGCUGCAACACAGGUGCAACAGCAAACGCAACUGCAACAAAUAAUCCAGCAAAAACAACAACCUAAGCAACAAGUGCAACAAGUACAACAGAAACAAACGCCUCAAGCAACCAUCUCACAACAACAGCCCAAACAAACACCAAAACAACAACAAGAUAAACAGGUUAUUGCACAACAAGUAACACAACAACAGCCGGCAACUACGCAACAAAUCAAGCGAGUACAGUUAGCAUCUGGACAACAAGGUAUGUUAGAAUUUGAGUUCCUCGGGUUUUUAAACUAACUGUAGCUCUAAACCGUUUCCCCUAGCUAUUCAAAUGGCUUUUACACAGCUAUCCAGUAUAAAUAAAGUUUAGUUUAGGUUUACUCCUGUAUGGUAACCGAUUGGACCAACUAGAGAUGACCUUUUCUAGACCUCUAGGGAGAACCGUUUAGGCAUAAAGAACUAUCCAGUUAAAUAAAGUUGGUUUAGUUUCCUUCUGCAGUAACGCUAGAUCAACAAGGAUUCCCCACACAGGACCUCUAUAGGGAGAACAGUUUAAAAAUAAUAGAGCUAUACCCAGUAGAAAUAACUAAAGUUUAGGUUUUCGCCAGUAGUAACAUUGUUACAAUAACUAAUACUACAAACCUCAAGCGAACUUAUAAAACUGUCCUACUGUGGUGAAUCAACACGGGAUUUCCCUAACUGAACCUCUAGAGAGUCCAAUUUAGAACAGAUAGAGUUAUCUACUAUAAAUAAGGUUAGUUUAGUUGAGUUUUCCUCCUGUAGUAACACUGGGCCAAUAGACGAUCUUCCACAGUGUACCUCUAGGAGAACAGUUUAGAACUGAUAGAGCUAUCCAGUAUAAAUAAGGUUAGUUUAGUUUAGUAAAAAUUAUUCCUUGAAACAGGUCUGAAAAGUAAAGUUUUUAUUAACUUUUGUUAAAGGUAUCCUCACCGCUAAACAUGUUGUGAAACUUCUGCCUGGACAGACUUUGCAGAAUAUUACACAGACAUUAACACAACAACAGCGUUUGACCUUCUUGAAACAACGACACCAACAAUUGCAGCAACAAUCGCCGCAACAACAGAGACAGCAACAACCGCAAGCGUCCCAACCUAGUCAAGCACAGCCGACUACCACGACAACUGAAGCAAAAUCAGCCUCUCCGGUAAGAUCCUGCCAUUCGUGAUUCGUGGGAUUCAUUUAGCACAUUUCAUUUCGUGCAGCGGAUGGUGGUAAAAAUUAUGUUCAUUAUGUGAAAUAUUCUUGUCCAUGCGUUCCUACUUGGGGGCGAAUUUAGGUUGCCACCAAAUGACAACUGCUCCGGAUAGCCUUCCGUAGCGACAUGAAAAACAUCUAUCUGUACCUUUUACAAACGCUUUUUUCAGAGGAAUUAUUGCAACGGAGAGAUGUUGUUUCGCUCAGCUUCUGAUAGUUGUACAUUCCGUAUCGGAUAGCCGGGAUAGGUGCUUUUUCGGGUUAUCGUUCCAUGUUUCGCGCACCAAUUAGCCAUUCCGAAGUUGAUGAAUGGACUGGGAACGAGUGUUAAAAAGUGCCCAAAUUAAGAAAUGAACCAAAUCACUAAAAAGACCACCUCAAAAUUAGUCAGUAUACAAAGUUUGAAGACAUUUACAUGAAUAUCCUUCGUAUAAUAAGCUUUCGAAAAUCGUGAUAUUUACUAUGAAAUGUAUUGUAAUUUUUGUUUUUGGGACGCGCGUCCCAAAAACAAUCUUUUAAUCAGUAAUUUCACAAUUUUAGAAAGCUUGUUAUUCGAAGGGUAUUCAUGUAGACAUCUUCAAAUUUUGUAUACUGACUAAUUUUGAGGUGGUCAUUUUAGUUAUUUGGUUCAUUUCUUAAUUUGGGCACUUUUUAACACUCGUCCCCAGUCCUCUCAUCAACUUCGGAAUGGCUAAUAUAGGUUGGGGUUAGUUUAAGGUUAGGGUGUGUAUACAUGUAUAUGGAGGUAUCCAGUUGACUUUGCAGUACACUAUAAUAUCCAUUACAUAACGUUUACUAUAUUGGUGCGCGAAACAUGGAACGAUUAUCCUUUUUCGCGUCACUGCGGAAAGCUAUCUACUAUAGCCAGUAAACAUCGCCUUAUAUCAUGGCAGUCGUUUCAUGGUUGAAAAGUAUUGUUACGCGGCUAUUUCGCUAUUAUUCAAAGGCUUUCAAAACCAACCCUAACGGCCUUGUGACCGGUGCAUAACAAUACAACCGCAAUUUUCUAUUGCACAAAGUAACUAUAGAUCUUUCUCUUUCUAGGGCAUACAAAGCCAGUUACAGGCCACACCUACCACCCAAAUACAACUGGUAACACUCCAGCAACCCGUACUCACUGGUAAUAACUCUUCACAACCCAAACCACCUGUAAAUAAACCAGCUACCACUGCUGUUGUUGUUGGGCAACAUAUGACGUCGCCACCUGCCACGCCCAGUUUGACAGCAGUCAGUACAGUGGCUUCGACCUUGCCCACAUCUGCACAGGGUGUCCAGACUGGUAACUUGGCUGGUAGUAAACACCAGUCACCUUACACAAUGCGAUCUAGAAGCCAAUCUAAAUAGAGUGUAUUUUGAAACUUAUUUUUCAUUGUAUUUUACAGCUCGAACAGGCGAACCGAGGCCACUUUUGCGUAUUAUUGUUUUCAAACUAAGUUAAAACCAAUCAGCAGCCGGCUAUUUAGACCUACGGCUAUGUAGUAAGUUCAUAACCAGAAAAUGUUUGAGAGGAGAUUUUUUUGUAUGUUAUGUAACACGCGCUCAAAACUAAUGCGUAUAAUAUAUCGCUUGAGGUUAUGACUAAAUUCAAAAUUUGUAUUUUUCGAUACGUUUCUCAAUCGGCAAACAAACUUAAAAAGUAUGUUUAGUGCUUUAUCUGUAAAAUAAUGCCAAAAUGAAGAGAUUUUAGAUGAUACGCCAAAGAGAAAAUGAUGUCUGAAGUUCAGUAAGUUUUGUUUAUAUGGCUGUAAAUAUGGCGUCAAUUUUAAAGCAUCAUUGAUAAUUGUAUUUUAAUUGACAAUUUUUAACUAUUUUAUGUUUCUCAACCGGCAGAUGCAUUUAAAAAGGUAGCUAACUCUAUAAACUAGAGAAUAAAGCUAAAACAAAGUAAUUUUGAGAGGAACGCCAAAGAGAUUUUAGGUUUUGAACACUUUUCAUUGCAAAUACGUGACAUUGAAAAAAAUUGCCUCUUAAUCAAAAUAACCCGGUGGCGAUUGGUUUUGGUUGGUUUGAAAACAUCAAAAAUAUGCAAAAGCGGCCUUGGUUUGUCCGUCUGAGCUAUAAGUGUUGUUUUUAAAUAGUAUUUAUUAAAGUCUUAGGAUAUUUCAGUCUUGAUGCAUAUAAAUGGUUUUUUUAUUCCUUUUUUCAUGACAAAAACAGGGUCUGAAUUUUGAAGUAUCCAGGGGCAGAUCUGGCCUGAUUUGUUAGGGGGUGGAGGGAGGGAUCCGGGAGCAUUUCCCCCCAGAAAAUUUUUGAAAUGUGAAACCUUGAAAUGCCAUUUGCUGCAUUCUGAGCACUACAUUUAUUCGUUAAAUUUGUCCCCGCAGUAUUUGUAUUUUUGGGCAAAACUUAAGAAAAGUGCUACGUUGUAUGGUGAAUAUUUUCUCGCGUAUUCGAAAAUCAAUCGUUUCAAUAUAAUAAGUAGUAUUCACAACUCAAAUAUGGAAUACCAGAGUUUUCUUCAAGGGGGUGCUGAACACCACCAGGGGAGAGGGUUGCGCACCCCCUGCACCCCACCGGUAGAUCCACCCCUGGAAGUAUCCCGAUAUCCACAGGGUACUGAAAUUUGGUUAAACCUCGUACCAAGGCUGUUUUUUCUCACACUCUGGUGCCACGGUAAAAAAAAACCGGGUACGAGGAUGAAUUUGGUUUUGGAUUGCAAAAUUUCAAACAUUAGGAUAAUGCCAAAUGUCUCUGGUGUCUCCCAAUAGCGCUUUGUAUACCACGAAUCUGCCUUCUUGAAAAUAACCAGCGUUUGAUUUCUCGUGGAAUUGCAAUGUUUGAAUGAGCAUUUAAGAUUUGAUUAGCCCAGUCCGUCAGAUGUGUAAUGGUGUGAGUGUGCCUUCUUGAAAAUAACCAGUCUUUGAUUUGUCGUGGAAUUGCAAUGUUUGAAUGAGCAUUUAAGAUUUGAUUAGCCCAGUCCGUCAGAUGUGUAAUGGUAUGAGUCCGCCUUCUUGAAAAUGACCAGCUUUUGAUUUCCAACCUGGUGGUCUAAUUGUUGACUGUUUGUUGAGUCUGCUGUUGUCAUUGGACUUUAUAACAAUGAGCAGGGGUGGAAAAAAUAGGCGAGAACGCGAGCACUGCUCGCAGGAAAUGUUAAACAGCUGCAGGAAAUUCGUUCGAAUGAAAAUUUGCUAUUGAAGAUUUGAAGGAAACCUUAACACCCACGUCCCACUAUGGACGCAACAACAUAUGGUUGACAGACAUUAUUCCUUGAAUUUAAAACCAUGGUCAGCUAGAACACUAUAUGUUUAUGCACAUGCAGAUUUAGCACAAAAAUACUCCGUUGGUCUGUAGGAAACAUUUGUCUCCAGGUUGUGCUCCCAGGAAGAAAAUUCGUUUUUUCCUGCCCUGACAAUGAGCUCAAUAACGAUUAUGUCACCAAGACUUUUUCAAUAUGAGUAACACUACACUCGCAUAUAUAACUUAUAAAUUUAAUUGUUCCAUACACAUAUAACCCUACUAUUCUCCUACACCACUCCUAUGCCUGCGAACAGGCCCGUCCUCUUCAUCAUCGACAACAUGAGUGGUCCCCAAAGCCCGCAACAAUUCCGCGUCAGGCUGACUAUUUCCUACUUUCUCGUACAACAAAACAUUUAAUGUUUCUUCAUAUAUUCUUGCUUCAGGAAAUUCAACCUUCGUGUGUUUUCGCUCCGUUGCAUAGACAAUUGACGUACAACAUAUUUCCGCAACUUUUUUGCCGUUUCCGUAAUAAGUCCAACAACAGAUUUCUCCUCCUCCAAUCACAUUUUUUAUAAACAGAAUUCGCUCGUGAAAACGUAACGAAAGUUUGUCAAAAAGUUCAAUGUUUUUCAAAAGAUUGUCAUCUGAGUGACU